AUGGCGGAUAUCGGAGCGGGGAUCCAUGAGCCAUUUGAUUUGAUCCGUUUCUCAUUGAGCGAGCCUGUUCUUGUGAAGCUGCGUGGGGAUCGAGAAAUGCGUGGCAUUCUGCACGCAUACGACGGACAUAUGAAUUUGAUGCUGGGCGACGUGGAAGAGACGAUUUACGAGGUGCAUGUGGAAGAAGACACAGGUGCUGAGACGGUGAAGGCCAUCAAGCGCAACUCGGACAUGAUGUUUGUGCGUGGUGACGGCGUCAUUCUGGUCUCUCCACCCAAGAUGUAG